AUGAAUAACCAGAAUGUAAAUGAUCAUAAUCUUCUAUUCAUUUCUCAGAUGUACCCGAAUGUCUAUGCUUCAUCAGUACCACCACAAGCAGUAGAUUCAAAACCAGUGCGAGCAAGGAGGAAGAGAAAGAGCAAGACUAUUGAGCUGGCCGAGGAAGGCGGAGAUGGAAGCAAUGGGUGGUUUAGGAAGAGGAAAUUGAGUGAUGAGCAAGUAGGAAUGCUAGAGAUAAGUUUUGAAGUUGAGCAUAAGCUUGAUUCCGAGAGAAAGAACCGUCUUGCUUCCGAGUUAGGGCUCGAUCCACGUCAAGUGGCCGUCUGGUUCCAGAACCGCCGUGCACGGUGGAAGAACAAGAGGAUUGAAGAUGAAUACACUAAACUCAAGAAUGCACACGAAAACGCCGUCGUUCAGAAGUGUCUUCUUGAUUCUGAGGUUCUUCACCUAAGAGAACAGCUUUAUGACGCUGCAAGAAAGAUCCAACGGUUGGCACAAAGAGUCGAAGGUGCCUCAAGCAACAGUCCAGUCUCAUCUUCUAUCUCCGUCGAAGCCAAUCAGACUACGCCGUUAUACGGAGAUUACCAAAUCGAAGACGACCGUGACGCUUACGAGAACUUGUUCUACUCGCCAGAAUACAUUGAUGGAUUAGAAUGGAUGAGCCAACUUAUGUGA